CUUUGAGCACUGUGACUCCACUUUGUUGCAACUACAACACCUACUACCCACACAAUGCGUCAGCUCAAGCAUCACGAACAAAAGCUCCUCAAGAAGGUCGACUUCUUGAACUGGAAGCAGGAUGCGUCCCUCCGCGAGAUCAAGGUGAUGCGCAAGUACCACAUCCAGGACCGAGAAGACUACCACAAGUACAACAAGAUCUGCGGCAACCUCCGCUCGCUCAUCCACCGCAUCUCGCUCCUCCCGGCCGAGGACCCGUUCCGGCAACAGCGCGAGGCCGAGAUGCUGAACAAGCUGUACGACAUGGGAAUUCUUGACGUCGGCUCCAAGCCUUCAGAUAUCGAGAACAAGGUGACCGUGUCGUCGAUCGCGCGCCGCCGCCUCGCGGUCGUGGUCACGCGGUUGAAGAUGGCCGAGACGGUGUCUGAUGCCGUGACCACUAUCGAGCAGGGCCACAUCCGCGUCGGCCCGUCGCCCGUGUCGGACCCAGCCAUGCUCAUCACGCGCCACAUGGAGGAUUUCGUGACCUGGGUCGACACGAGCGCACGCAAGCGCACGAUCAUGAAGUACAACGACGAGCUCGACGACUUUGACCUGCUGUAAAGGAGUGGAAGGAUCGCUUAGGGCUCGGUGUACCACCUCGGUUUAUAGACAUUGUAUCAGUAAUCAGCAAUCGCAUGGAGCGUGUAGGCGCG